AUGGACGAUGUGGAGUACCAGACGGACUCGGAAGUUGAGGAUCCUGAUUAUGAGACCAACCCACGCCAAUGGAACGCUCACAACUUGCUAGGCCAACCAGUGCCUUUGGUCACCUGGAGCCAGGAAUUGUGGAAAGUGAUGCAGCUGGAACCCUCAAUCUGGCUGCUAUCAGCUCUUAACUUUCACCUACCCACUCGUACCGGCCAGGCUCGGAUAUUCGCUCGUAUACCCUCUGAGUGGACAGUGGAUCACCUCUACGUGGUGACCCUCAUCCUCGGCCCUCUCAACUCCGGCAGUAUGAAAUUUGACCCGACAACCUUGGCUGUGAUGAAGCAGCAUUGCCAGGCCCCCUUUACCCCAGAUCAACCCUCCAUCGCCAGAUCUGGUGUACAGAGCAGCAAUUCUUCACUCUUCGGAUUCUUCCUUGGAUCUACAUCAAUGGCAGAAUGGCUACAAAAGGUGAAACAUCUGAAGACCGCUCCCAAAGUUCAACCUUUAAGGGAGAGUUUCCAGACAGAUUGAAAUUUUCUGUGAUCACACACAUCUUUAAAAAGGGAAGUAAAGCCAACCAGCAAAUGUUUUCCCAAUACCAAUUAUUGCAAAAUAUUUUUAAACAGAUUUGGGUCUACAGUUGACCUGAUAUUUUGAACAAUUUUCCAAAACUUUCUAUUGUGUACCAGAUAUAAUAUUAUUCUUUUUGAAAUUUUUACUAAGGAAUCUGACUAGUUCAUUAAUCUGACUAGUAAGUUUCUAUGCAUUCUACCUAAUUAAGCAACUGCAAAUAAAAAAAAAUAUAUAAGGUGAAAAUGUUACUUAAUUUUACAAUUUAGAUUAAUUUUGUGGUCCAACAUAAUUUUUCUGUAAUAUAUGCAAGCAAUGUCUAUGAUUAUUGAGUUACUUGUAUACUUCUGUUCUUUGAAUUGCGACAAAUACAAUUUUGUUGUCUUAGAUGUAUUAGCUUUUAACCUUGUAUUAGUCAUGCUUUGUUUCUAACAUUGUAUGUGGCACAUAAUCUCGAAAACUGGGUUUGAAUAAUAUUUGGAAAGAUCUGAUAAACAAUUAUUUUAAGAUAUAAAAGGUGACAAACUGUUAUAAAAAGUUAUUGAUUUAAAGAGAGUAAUUUUUUAUUGUAAAGAUUUUUUGACUUAAAAUACUAUCAAAUAUUAAAUUUUUGACAUGUUAAAAUGCUGUCUAAACAUAAUUUUAACCCAUCCUGACUAAUUAAAACACUAAUUUCAAUAGAAUAAUUAAAAAUCUUACGCAGUUCCUUAAAUAUAUAUAAAAAAUCACAGAUUUAAAUAUAGUAGGACUCUGAAAAUAGUACAGAAUGUGAACAAUCCAUUUCUUCAGCCUAAUUUCUAUUAGAGGGAAUUCUAGAACUCAGCUCAACAAAAUCAUUGCAGACUGACAAUCUAUCAAAACAUGACGAACAUUUCACAGUGCACAGAACAUGAGACAUGUUACUAACACGGGGUUGGAGAACACAUUUUAAGAUAAUAACAAAGAUGCUGAGAAACACAAAAGCCAAAGUUAACAUCAUGUACCUUUUAUUACCUUUAAUGUCAAUUUUUUAACAAUCGCUAAUAUCCAAAAAUGAAAAUCUGUAGUUAUUUCUAUGAAAUGUUAUUUGUAGAUUGAUACUAAUUUUACAGUAAAGAAUAAAACCUACAUCCAAGGAUAUACCUGGAGUUCUUAAAUUUGUGACCUAAACCAAAGAUCUUCGUAUCAGUCCAGUUUUAAACUUGCAAAUAAUGUAUUGGCUCAUAAAAGCUUUAAAAAAAAUUAAUGAUAGGAUGAUACAAAAUUUAGUUUUUCCAAAUGAGGAAUAAAAUUAAAACUUUUAAAUAUCAGUUAUUUUUACCGUCUCUAGUUUGUUUUAAAAUUUCAUUGACAUGCUGUAAAACUGUAUCCUCAAGGUCUUUGUUAAAAUUCUAAAAUACAGUAAAACACAUAUAAAAAACGCAAAUAAUUAAAAAAACACAUUUAAAACUAACAAUUACUAUUAUAUUAAUUAAUUAGUAAGCGACACGGCGAUGGCCGACUGGCUGACAUGCUCCAGACUGCACACCAACAUGAAACACACACAGCUGACUUAUCCACUCAGACUUGUCUCUGAAUUAUUAUGUGUUAUCUAUCACAUCUGCUUGUUCCGCUCUUUGUAAAACUUAAUAUUUGUACGACCUCAUGGUCUGUAUUGUUUAGAUAGUGAAAUAUAUAAGUUGGUAGAAUCCAUUUUAAAGUUUUAAACUUUUUAUGUUAAAUUCAUAGCGCUUUAAGAUAUUUUGCCUGUUGCAGAAAAAGUUGAAAAGAUGUCUUGAUCACUCCACAUGAAAUUACAGUCAUUCACAGUUAAAAAUUUAGGCAUUUUAUAAUGAGGCACAAAUAAAAUCAGCUGAAGAUAAUAAUGUGAAAUUUUUACAGCAUGUAUAUGAAUUAUAGCAUUACAGAGUGACAUAUAUAUUUUUACUUACUUCAAAAAUAUUUUAACGCAUGCCAA